GUGCUGUGUAGUGUAUUUUUGUUUUCGGGGACUGUUCUCGAGUCUGUCACCUAGUCAUGGACGCCAUGGCCCCUGAGUCUUGGUCUGGAGAUGUAGAGGUAGGAUGACAAUCGCACGAUACAAUCGAGCACCUGCUGUUCGGUGGCACUGGGCGUGGGUGAGUAAUAGACGAGGGACCGCCUGUCUGUGGCCCAAGAAGACCCUUUUUGCCACUGCGUGGGUUGAGGUGCAAUCUGCCAUGGCCGGAGCUAAUGCAUAACAAGAUCUGCAUGUACCAAGACGGCCUUCCGAACGGUCGCGGGCCCAGCCCAGUCCAUCCGCAGGAACAUGAACAACAAAACAACUAGCAGCAUGGUAAGCGCCAUCGGCCCCGUUCCGCAGUCAAUGACAUAAGUGGACUCGUGUAGAGCAAGGCUGCCCCUGUCGUUCCUGGCCAGCUGGAUGUGUGGUAUGCUGGGGAAGCUCAUUUCAUGCAGAGAAGCGCUGCAUAACAGAGCCCAGACGGCGAGAACAGGCGUGCACACGAUAAUGCCUGUUUUCCUCCGGACCAGAGCUGAUCAAGGCUCAGAGAGCGCAACAUGCGAAGCUCACAAUGCCGUGACGAAAGACGAGGGUAGCGGUGGUAUGGAUGAUUGGGUCACAGCCCGUGCCUGCCACCACAAGCAUGUCCUAUCAAUAUCUUGCUCGGGAUCUACCAGUCGUCUCUCGGGCAGUCUCGAAGGCGAAUUUCAGGAAGGCGGCAUUUCGAAGAGACGACGUUGGCGUCUCACGAAUCGAGUUGCUGUGGAAGUGGGGAUGGAGAGCUGGAUGGACCCUUAUUCCGGGUUUUCGUGGGCUCCAGGGCUGCUGGCUACUGAAAUCAAGCCCCGAUCCAGGUGUAAGCCAAGGUCGGCUCAAACCCAUCUGACUUGGUUUCUUGACAUGCCAUCACAUAGAUUCGUCUCUGUUCGGUCGUAGCUGGUCUCUGCGAGUGUAGAAGACUUGCUCUCUCGGUGGUCCACAGGAGCGAUACUGUGCAUAUCUUCAUGCCAGGUUGAGACCAGCACAAGGCAUUUGUCCGUGUUCUGGCCAGAUUCGAGACUGCUGGUGUGUAGCUGGAGCAAGUGGUGGUGCAUGAGUACAGACGACACUUUGGC